AAAACAAAACGCGAAAAUUUCAAAUCUGUCAGUUAACUGUCAAAUAAAUUUAAGGACGGGCGAUCGCACUGCGACGUUAAUGCUAAUCGAAGUAUAAAUAAAUCCCCACACGGCACACAAACUUAACGCGGCGUUAAUAAUUAAUUCGACUUGAAAGGCCAGAGUCGUUCAACAGGCUAGGAUCGAUGGCGUACACCUUGUUUACUAAAUAAACGCGUAUUGCGUUACCAUAAAACACCUACCAUGGCUACUUCAGAUAAUAGUGACCCUAAGUUAGAAGUGGAGGAGUCUCUGCUGUAUUCUGCGAGACAUGGAGAGCUGAAGGUAGUCAAGGCAUUGCUGGAAGCUAGAAAGGAGGGGGAACUGACCUUGGAUAUAAAUUGCAAAGGCAAAACAAAAAGCAAUCUAGGAUGGACUCCGCUCAUAUUGGCGUCAUAUUUCGCGCACGUAGAAGUUGUGGAGGCGUUGUUGGAAGCCGGUGCGGACGUAGACGACGUGAACGAGGCGGGGGAUACCGCGCUGCACAAGGCCUCUUUCAUAGGGAACGAGGAACUAGUGAUCCUCCUCCUAAAACACAAAGCAGACGUAAACGUCAUGAACGGCGAGGGACGUACGGCCUGUGACGUCUGCAAGACGAGAGACGUUCAGAGACUUCUAGAGGCAGCCCAGCGCUCUGAACGGCAUGAGCGAGAGAGGAAGCUUUUGAACGCUGCGAAAGCGGGACAGAUAGAGGACAUACAGGCGCUGCUAAGCAGUCCCAACCCGCCUAACAUCAACUGCGUGGACGCGCAGGGCAACACGUGCCUGCACUGCGCAGCUUAUCGCGGGCACGCGCGCCUCGCCGUACUGCUGCUCCAGAACGGAGUGGAUACCACUCUCAAAAAUAAUAGUGGUCAACUGGCCAUAGACAUGGCGAAAGACCAGAAAAUGCGUGACGUUCUCAGCGUGAGGCCGGUACAGAGGCUGCAGCGGACGGCAGCGCGCUUCGAGGGGCCACUGCUCAAGAGGUCGCGGUUUCUAGGCUGGAGACCGGUCUGGGCGGUGCUCCAGCGCGGCGUGCUGCUGUACUACGGGUCGCGCGCGGAGGCGGCUCGACAGACGGGCCGCUGGCGCGCGCGCAAGUACCUCGAUGGCGCCACCGUCAGCGCGCCCGACCGCGAGCCCGCGCUGCUGCUGCCCGCCUUCAGCGACGGCGACCAGCACCGCCUGGCCGUGCCGCAGCUGCCCAACCAGGACGUGGCCGCCACCAGGCAGGUCAGCGACACUACCAGGGUCCAAGGCCAAAGCUACAAGUACCUGGGCGGCGCCACCGUCAGCGCGCCCGACCGCGAGCCCGCGCUGCUGCUGCCCGCCUUCAGCGACGGCGACCAGCACCGCCUGGCCGUGCCGCAGCUGCCCAACCAGGACGUGGCCGCCACCAGGCAGUCAUGGAUAACAGCUCUCAACGAGCACAUAGCCUAUUCCGGGCACUAUCUUUGGGCUGGUGCGUCGCCUGACACCGCAAAAGAAGCCACCGAGGAUAUGGAGGAUGAAUGCAAACCCUUAGGUUCUAUGCAAGACGCCCUGACCGCCGCGACCAAUAGCCUCGCUCUACUCGACACGCAACUCCGAGAAUGCGGCGCCAUAGUCGCUGCACUUGACAAAUCGGUCAACGUUGGCAACUCGUUGCACCACUCCGCUUACAUGAGGUUCCAGCACGCGUGCGGCACGGGCGCCGAGGCGCUUAGCUCUUUACGUCACUGCGCGGCGCUCGUGGCUCAAGCCAGAGACGCUGAUUCUGCGCGACUCAAUCGAGAGAUUGAACGGAACAGGGUAUUAGAAGAGGCUCUAGCAGCGUUGGCGAGGACGCACCACGCUUUAGAAAUGUCUGUUGCGGAGGAACUCACUAAGAGCAAACGAAAGAAGAAAACGCCGUCUCAGAAUGAUUCGAAGGAGAAUUUCUUCGACGUGUUUGAAGAUACAGACGACGAUGAUGACACCCUAGUGACAGCGGGUCUGUCCAGCCCCCUCGGGGCUUUGAGUCCGUGGAACAGUAGUCCUGACCUCUUGCGACGGACCCCUAUAGGUAGUCUUGACGGAGACGUAACUCCCACAAACGAGCAAAAUGGCGGCUCGCCUCUAUCCAGCUCUCCCACUUCUCUACACACCGCUCUAAGCCCCGCUUCCUCCCGUGGUACCCUCGUGUCCCAGGGUGGCCACGUGUACAGGAACGCGAGGUAUCGCAGGAACAAGAACUCCAGGUUAGUACCCACAUGUAACCCCACAGAUGGCGGCACUCUCACUUCUCUACACACCGGUCUAAGCCCCGCUUCCUCCCGUGGUACCCUCGUGUCCCAGGGUGGACACGUGUACAGGAACGCGAGGUAUCGCAGGAACAAGAACCCCAGGUUAGUAGCCACAUGUAACCCCACAGAUGGCGGCUCUCCCACUUCUCUACACACCGCUCUAAGCCCCGCCUCCCCGUGGUACCCUCGUGUCCCAGGGUGGCCACGUGUACAGGAACGCGAGGUAUCGCAGGAACAAGAACCCCAGGUUAGUACCCACGUGUAA